AAGGGGCCAAUGUGUGACGUGAGUCAAACAGGCAAAAUGGAACGAGGAAUCAAGGUUCUGCUCUGUGUUCUUUGGUCCAGUAGCAUGUUUGCGCUCACAGGAGGUUCAGAGGCAGAACGUAGGUUGUUGCAGGAUCUAUUUGAGGAUUAUAACCUGAAGGUGCGCCCGGCUCGGUCCUGGAAUGAGACAGUGAUGGUCAGAGUCGGGAUGACGCUAGUGCAGCUUAUUAGUCUGAAUGAGAAGAAUGGAGAGAUGACAACCAAUGUAUUCAUGAACAUGGCGUGGUCUGACUACAGGCUGUCUUGGGAUCCAAACGACUAUGACGAUAUUGAUAUUAUCCGAAUCCCCCCUAACAAAGUAUGGCGUCCAGACAUUUACCUCAUCAACAAUAACGAUGGGCAGUUUGACGUUGCUCUUUAUGUGAAUGUGCUGGUUAAAAGUGAUGGCACGGUUUCCUGGCUGCCUCCAGCUAUAUACCGCAGCUCCUGCUCCAUUGAGGUGGCUUAUUUCCCAUUUGACUGGCAGAACUGCACAAUGGUGUUCCGCUCGUAUACGUAUGACGCCUCAGAGGUGGAUCUACAGUAUGGCCUGGAUGAAGAUGGAAAAGAAAUUCAUGAGAUAGUCAUAGACGAAAAUGCUUUUACUGAGAAUGGAGAAUGGCAGAUCUGCCACAAACCCAGCAGGAAGAACAUCCAGGAGGACCUCUAUGAAGACAUCACCUUCUAUCUGAUCAUUCAGAGGAAACCACUUUUCUAUGUCAUUAACAUCAUCGUGCCUUGCAUCCUUACUAGUGUGUUGGCUAUAUUCGUGUUCUAUCUGCCACCAGGGGCAGGUGAGAAAAUGACUCUGUCCAUCUCUGUCCUUAUUGCACUCACUGUCUUCAUGCUCCUGCUGGCCGAUAAAGUCCCUGAGACAUCUCUGGGAAUCCCAAUUAUUGUGAACUAUGUGAUGUUUACAAUGAUUCUGGUGACCUUCUCAGUCAUCCUCAGUGUUGUGGUGUUAAACCUGCACCACAGGACCCCCAGCACACAUUAUAUGCCUAUGUGGGUGCGCAAGGUGUUCAUCAACUUCCUGCCUCCCUACCUGGGUGUGCUCAGACCCCACCCUGAAGAACCUGUAGAGAGCAAGGAGCCUAAAGAGGACCCUCCUAUUGGCCGUGCUGACAACAGCCUCAGGCCAGGAGGAGAGUAUUUUAUCCGAAAGAUAAAUCCUGAACUGAUCACACCAUGGAGGGGAAGCAACCCUGUAAACACAGUGCAGCUGCAGAGGUUUUUUGACAGAGACAGCUACUGUCUGAUCCUGCCCCCUGAUCUUAAAUCUGCCAUCUCUGCCAUUACAUACAUGGCUGAGCAACUGAAAAAACAAGAUAUGGAUGACACUAUGACUAAUGACUGGCAGUACAUUGCCAUGGUUCUGGAUCGCCUCUUCCUCUGGCUUUUUGUCAUCAUCACCACUCUGGGCACCCUCGCCAUGUUCCUGGAUGCCAGCUUCAAUCACACCCCUGAGAACCCUUUCCCAUGAGUGUAUC